AUGAUUGUUGAUCCUGUUAACCAUACAUCUAAGUUCGUCAACCACGAUGUGUCGGUUAAUUUAGAUUCGACUGAUGCUUUCGAGGGCCCUGAAAAGCUUCUUGAGAUCUGGUUUGCUCCGGAUGAACACUGCUUGCCUUAUGGCAUGCCAGAGUCUGGUCUUCGUGAGAUUCCUCGUCAAGUAUGGGAGCAGGUUCUGGACGUUGUCCAAUGCAAAGUCCUAUCUGUGGUGUCCAGCUCAAAGAUGGACGCAUUUGUUCUUUCCGAGUCCAGUUUGUUUGUAUUUGCCAACAAAUUGAUUCUCAAGACUUGUGGUACAACCACACUUCUUGUUGGAUUGGGUCCUUUACUUGAUGCUGUUAGCGAGUAUUGUGGCUUUCCCAAGGACAAGCAGCCUUGGAGAGUCUUUUACUCGCGUCGCAGCUUCAUGUUUCCCGACCGCCAGAAGCAUCCUCAUAAGUCUUGGAAAGACGAGGUUGCUUGUCUUGAUAACAAGUUUGCCAACGGAUCCUCGUAUGUUAUCGGUGAUGUUCAAAAAGAUCAUUGGUAUUUGUACCUUGCUGGUCCAUCUGAUGACUGUACUUUCCCGAGAAGAACUGUUCCCGGUUCCACUCUCGGUGCAUCUGGCAGUGUCAGUAAUGGAACCAGCAUUACUAAUGGGCAUAACUUAUCUGCGGACGCUCCAUUUGAUGAUGAGACUCUUGAGAUUCUCAUGACCGACCUCAACCCAGUUCAUGCCAAUCAAUUCUGUUCAGACAGAAUUCCUGGUGUUGAGUCGAAUAACAUGUCAAGUGUUGGAGCUCCAGCCGAUGAUGAGGAUCCUGGCCAUGACCAAGGCAACAUUGUCACCAAAUUGACGGGCAUCGACCAGAUUUACCCGACUCUCAAACAAACUGUGGACUCGUUCUGUUUUACUCCUUGCGGCUAUUCAUGUAAUGGUGUGGUGAAUCAGGGGAAUUACUUUACCAUUCAUGUCACGCCCGAGCAGGGCUUUUCUUAUGCCAGUUUUGAAACAAACGUUCCUGCUGCCAAAUACGGCAUGUCCAACGCUGACGUCAUUGAAAAAGUGGUCAACAUCUUCCGACCCGGAAGAUUCUCGACCACCUUCAUGCGUAACAGAAAUGAAGAUGACGAAUCUGACCCGGACUCUGCUUUCUCUUUCCGCUGCUUGCCAUCCAAGUUGAAUGGAUACCAGCGUACUGAGAGAAUUUUGUAUGAGCUCGGCGAUUAUUCGCUUGUUUUCAUUACUUUCGAAGCCAACCGGGCCUUGAAAUAG